AAUAUUCGCCGGCGAAUUACCGGUAAAUGUCUCAGUGUUUCUAUUCGAAUCCUACUUUUUCGGCGACAUUACCCAGACCAAGUAUUAUUCUCUCUCUCGAAUACGAUUCGUCUCCCACUCCAUGCCUAUAUAAUACCCUAUCCACCAUGCGUCUCUCUAAACGCCAUUUCUCUCCUUCUCUUUCUCUCUGUCUCUCUGUAAUCUCUUCCGGUUUCCGUUUCCCUGGAAGAAAAUUUCAAGCACGAAGACAGUUCCUCAACUCCUCUGCUGGUCUUCCCUGGAGCAUUCCUUGGAAGAAACUUAGGAUCAGGACUUAACGUGGUGCACGCUUUGGUCUUUUGAUCGAGGGACUAGCCAGCUGUGUUUUAAGAGUUCCAUGGAAGAACAGCGAGCUAGUGCUCUUAGUGAAAACGUGGUACAGUUUCACAAUUUGGGCUCAAUGGAUGGAUGUGAAGCUCCCCAUAAAUGGUCCUCCCCAGGAGGAGGAAAGAAAAUUGAUAUAAGCAAACAGAUCUUCUGCAAUAGAUCGCUGAAUAUGAGAAAUAUCAUCGCCGUUGGUUUUGAUAUGGACUACACUCUUGCCCAAUACAAGUCUGAAACUUUUGAGUCCCUUGCUUAUGAAGGAACUGUCAGGAAAUUGGUAUAUGAUUUGGGGUAUCCAAGUGAGCUGCUGGAGUGGACAUUUGAUUGGAAUUACAUGGUUAGAGGCUUGGUGCUUGACAAAAAGCGGGGAAACAUCUUAAAGAUGGAUCGCCAUAAGUAUGUGAAAGUAGCUUACCAUGGGUUUAGGGAGCUCUCUAAAGAAGACAAAGUUGACAUCUAUGGCAGCAGCCUAAUACGAGAUUCUUUUGAUGAGCCCGACUACGCUCUUAUAGAUACCCUCUUUUCUUUGGCCGAAGCCUAUCUGUUUGCUCAACUCGUUGAUUUUAAAGAUAGUAACCCCGAAAAAAUUCCCAAGGACGUUGAUUAUGCUCGUAUGUAUAAAGAUGUUCGUGCUGCUGUUGAUCUGUGCCACCGUGAUGGAACUUUAAAGCAGAUGGUGGCAAAAGAACCUAAUAGGUAUAUCAAUGAGGAUACCACCAUUGUACCUCUUAUAAAAAUGAUUAGAGAUUCUGGACGUUCUACAUUCUUGGUGACCAAUAGCUUGUGGGACUACACAAAUAUUGUGAUGAAUUUCCUCUGUGGAGGGCGCACUAUACAUGGUCCUCACACUUGCAACUUUGAUUGGCUCCAGUAUUUUGAUGUUGUGAUCACUGGCAGUGCAAAACCUGGUUUCUUCCAUGAAGAGAGUCGUGCCAACCUUUUUGAGGUGGAACCUCAAUCUGGAAUGCUUAUUAAUACUGACAAUGGAACACCUAUGCCUCAGGUGGGAGAUCCUUCACCAAAAAUUUUACUGAAGAGUAAAGAUAAAGGUUGUCGAGUUUUUCAAGGUGGAAAUGUGGGGCAUCUUCACAGUUUGCUCUCCAUUGAGUCAAGUUCACAGGUUCUUUAUGUUGGUGAUCAUAUAUACGGUGAUAUCUUGCGCAGCAAAAAAGUACUUGGCUGGAGAACUAUGCUUGUUGUUCCAGAAUUGGAAAAGGAGGUUGAACUUCUUUGGGAAUUAAGGGAUAUGCGUAAGCAACAUAUUUUGAUGAGGAAUGAGCGUGAUUCAGUUGAAGACAAAAUUCAUCACCUGAACUGGUCACUAAAGUUUGAGGAUAUUAACGAGAGUGAUAAGCAGGAAAUGUUAUCAGCGCUCAAGGACUUAGAGUCCAAGAGAGAUCAAAUACGACUAAGUCAUCAAGAAGCUCAAAGAGAAUGUCACCAAAAGUUUCACAAAGUCUGGGGGCAACUGAUGAAAACUGGUUACCAGAGUUCUCGAUUCGCUCACCAGGUGGAGAGAUUCGCAUGCCUGUACACAAGCCAAGUCUCGAACCUACGCUUGUACUCACCAGAUAAGUACUACAGACCCAGUGAAGACUUCAUGUCCCAUGAAUUCCACCUUCUUCCUCUGUGAUUUGAUCAUUAAAGAACGAUCACGCUAAAGUCAGACAGUAGUAAAUGACUCAAUGAUUUGGUUUGGUGCUUAUUCUUAGUGUCUAUAAACUUUCUUAACCUCUUACACCCAUUGCAUUUUAAUUUCACUUGGUACAAACUUGGGAAUGUAGUAAAACGUUUUCUCUUGGAGAUAAAAACUUGUUUGGAAUUCUUGUGUUGAAUGGUCGAUGUUUUCUAGAGAGAAAUUAGGGUUUACAAAAACUCCCUUUGACAAUGCUAAGUACACAGUUCAAUGUCAGGCCUCACGUUUUAACGUAUCCUCUUUCUUUCCUGCUUCUCGUCAAAAUUCUUCAAAAGUAAAAUCUUUUUACUCUGCCUCACAAUUUCAUAUUCUUCUCCACCCACACUCUUUCACUUCUGCUAAUUUCGAUGUUCAGAAUUUCUCUGUUGAGCAUAAUCUUUAUUCUACGAGAAGAGUUUAAUCAAAUUACGAAAUACUUGAAGGUGUGUUGAUAUACAUGUAACAGAAAGGCAAGCUGAUUAUUGAUACACAACAAACAAACAAAUCUUAGUAACGUUCUCAGCUCAAUCAAAAACACAGCUGGAAAAUCUGACAUUUCUUGGUUUCUUCUUGUUCUACGCCAGAACAGA